GCUUUGAUCGCUUAUUCAUUUCUGCUUUGUUUUUAGGUUAGUUAUGGAAUUUAUGUUUUAUGUUGAAAUAGGUUAGUCAGUAUAAGUGUUUUGAAAAUGGCAAAUACUGGAGUUUUGCCCUUUGUGCGUGGUGUAGAUUUCAGCAGAAAUGAUUUUAGUGAUGGCAGAUUUCCUCAGUCUGUUCGCCUCAUGUCAGGGGUCCAGUGGCUCAAGCUGGAUCGAUCCAACCUGACGCAGGUGCCUGAAGAGCUCGGCAACCUCAUGAAACUUGAACAUCUUUCCCUUACACACAAUGGGCUGGAGAAGUUGUUCGGAGAGUUGACAGAGCUAUGGUCCCUGCGGACCCUCAACAUCCGACACAACAAGGUGAGGAGCUCGGGAAUCCCUGCCCAGCUAUUCCACCUGGAGGACCUCACCACCCUGGACCUCAGCCAUAAUGUGCUCAAGGAGGUGCCCGAGGGGAUGGAGAAAGCCAGGAGUCUGCUCGUACUCAAUCUUAGCCAUAACAAUAUCACAGCCAUCCCCAACACAUUGUUUGUGAACCUGACAGACCUGCUGUUUUUGGACCUGAGUCACAAUCAGUUGGAGACACUGCCACCACAGAUGCGCAGGCUGGCCAACCUCCAGACCCUCAUUCUCAACCAUAACCCUCUUGGCCAUUUCCAGCUCAGACAGUUGCCCAGCCUGGUGGGGUUGGAGACUCUCCACAUGCGUGACACGCAGCGCAGUCCUGACAACAUGCCAACCAGCCUGGAGAUGUUGUCCAAUCUACGGGAUGUAGACCUCAGUUUCAACGAUCUGCCCAAGGUUCCCGACGCUCUCUACACAGUGCCUACGUUGCGCAGACUGAACCUUAGCAGCAACUGUAUUACUGAGCUAGCUAUGGCAUUGGAGGUCUGGCAGAAUCUGGAGACUCUGAACUUGUGCUGCAAUCAGCUGACAAGUCUGCCUGCAUCUCUGUGUAAGCUGACCUCUCUGCGGCGUCUCUACCUCAACAACAACAAACUGGACUUUGAGGGCAUUCCUUCUGGCAUCGGAAAACUUGUCAACUUGGAGGUGUUCUCUGCUGCCAACAACCACCUGGAGAUGAUUCCUGAAGGCCUCUGCAGAUGUGGCUCACUGAAGAAGCUGAUACUUAGCGGUAACCGACUGAUCACGCUGCCAGACACGGUGCACCUGCUCAGUGAGCUGCAGACCCUGGAGCUCAAAGACAACCCAGAUUUGGUGAUGCCACCCAAACCUCUGGAGGCACAGCGUGGUGCCGGCAUCGAAUUCUACAACAUCGACUUUUCACUGCAGAACCAACUAAGACUUGCUGGUGCCGCCGCCGUACCAGCCCCUUUACCCGUCACUGGUGCCAGUAAAGAUCCCAUUGCUCGCAAGCUGCGGCUGAGGAGAGGCAAGAGAGAUCAUGAAGAAGCUGACUCUGACCAGGCCAAGAUAUUGAAGGGAAUGAAAGACAUUGCCAAGGAGAAGAAUAAACAGAAGACCUUAGAAGAAGUGAAAGCAGAAUCGCUCAAGCCGAAGCGGUGGGACGAGUCAUUGGAGAAACCACAGUUGGACUACUCAGAACUAUUCGAUGAGGAUGCGGGACAGAUGCCGGGGCUGACCGUGUGGGAGAUAGAGAACUUCCUGCCCAACCAGGUGGAGGAGGUGGCACACGGCAAGUUCUACGAGGGCGAUUGCUACAUCAUCCUCAAGACCAGGCUCGAUGAAUCUAGCAACCUACAGUGGCAGAUUUACUUCUGGAUAGGCGACAAGGCUACGCUGGACAAGCGAGCUUGUUCUGCUAUCCACGCAGUAAAUUUGCGCAACUUCCUGGGAGCAGAGUGUCGGACAGCACGGGAGGAACAAGGAGAUGAAUCUGAGGAGUUCCUGGCAUUGUUCCCGAACGACAUUGUCUACAUAGAGGGUGGCCGCACAUCUAGCGGCUUCUACACAGUGGAGGAUGUGGCGUACACUGUGCGUCUGUACCGAGUACACGGUGCCGGCAACUCCAGUAUACACCUGGAGCCGGUGCCAGUCUCUGCGGAGUCUCUGGAUCCUCGGUUCGUCUUCCUGCUGGACACUGGGCUCAAGAUAUUCAUGUGGUACGGCAAGCGAGCUAAAAACACCUUCAAGUCCAAAGCAAGACUGUUAGCGGAGAAGAUCAACAAGAACGAACGCAAGAACAAGGCUGAGAUAAUCAUGGAGACGCUCAACGAUGAGAGCGCAGACUUCUGGAAGGCUUUGGGCGAAGAAGAUGGAAUGAGGCCUGAAGAACCGGUUAUCGAACACGUGAGUGAUGACUUUGCGAUCAUCCCACCUAGGCUGUACCAAGUGAAGCUGGGGAUGGGAUACCUGGAGUUGCCCCAGGUGGAGUUGACCCACAACAAGUUGGUGCACACCCUGCUGCAGAGUCGUAAUGUCUACAUACUGGACUGCUACAUGGACUUGUUCGUAUGGUAUGUCCAGAAUCAGUGA